CAUUUUAUGAUUCACAACACGAAUCCGAUCUAAAAAUGGGUUAUUCUCACGGGUCGGUUAACCCACGGAUCCGUAUCUUUGUCUGUGUUUGACCAACCCAACCAGGGCUUGUGUACACAGUUUCCAGAAUUCCAAGUCAUAGGGAUUGUGCUCUUUAAUAUCUGACUGAAUUUAUGAAGGGGGUUUUCAAGCAUUUCACUCUUGGUGGGGUGAGGGGGUUCGCAGUGGGGCGUGGUACGUCACCCAAUACCCAAAACCUUAAGAUUAAAGGAAUUAAAGACAUCAUAGCGGUUGCUUCAGGCAAAGGUGGUGUUGGCAAGUCCACCACUUCUGAGAGGAAGAUGAUUCCAAUUGAAAGUUAUGGCGUUAAAUGUAUUUCAAUGGGAUCUCUUGUGGAGGAAGGUGCAGCAAUCGUAUGGAGGGGACCUAUGGUCAUGAAAGCUCUUGAGCAGAUGACUAGAGGAGUUGAUUGGGGAAUCCUAGAUAUUCUUGUGGUGGAUAUGCCCCCAGGUACUGGAGAUGCUCAGAUAUCUAUUUCCCAGAGGCUUCAGUUGUCAGGAGGAUUGAUUGUUUCAACUCCUCAGGAUGUUGCAUUAAUGGAUGCUCGCAGAGGUGCUAAAAUGUUUUCCAAAGUUAAUGUUCCGAUUCUAGGAAUCUUGGAAAACAUGAGCUACUUUAAAUGCCCAAAUUGCAAUGAACCCUCAUAUAUCUUUGGCAAAGGAGGGGCUCGUAAAACAGCUGACGAAAUGGGCAUGAAGUUUCUUGGUGAGGUACCACUAGAAGUAGGGAUCAGAAGUGGUUCUGAUGAAGGUCUCCCAAUUGUAGUAUCAGAACCUCAUUCUGUAGUAUCCCAAGUGUAUGGUGAGAUUGCUGAGAAAGUUGUCAAAGGACUUGAAGAAUUGGACCAGGAGCAACAUUUCCGACCAGAGAUAACUUUGUGAUGUGAUAGACGACACCAGGUGCAGACGUGACUAAAAAUAUUAUGUCAAAUCUCUAAUUGGAAGAGGGUAUGAUGCUUCAAGCACCCCUUCUCUGCCCCAUCUGAUUGAAACGAACUCCCAGCUCUCUUCCCUUGUCUCAAAAUGACCGCCUCAGAUGUAUAAAGAAUCCUUUUUUUUUUUUUGGGUCUAAUACAGGUCAAGGCCCUCCUCAGUAGUCCUCACUCCUCACCUGAAUAAAUGGACCAAUGUCAGCAGAAGUGGGAGUAUAUUUUUGGUUUCCAGAGCGCAGGAUUUUGUUUUAAUUUUUAGUGCAAGGGAUUUUGUUUUAUUUGACAUCUAGAGUGCAGGAGGUUUAACCUUGAUAAACUUGGUUUUGGUUUGGUGCUUUACAGAGAGAAAAAGCAUACUCCGUAGAUGUUUUUUUUUUUGAGAAUAAUACUCCGUAGAUGUUAAGACUCAAAAUUUCAUUACUAUUUGGAGAGUUACAAGUAGUUGAAAAGGAGGGGA